GCUCGUCCUUCCCAUCACCGGCGGCGGCGUUCGGAGUUGCUCCCGCGGCGGCGAGGCGGAGGCACCUGCGUGACGGUGGCGAGCAGUAGGGCGCAGGCUGCCCGCGAUGCCGGCUUAGCGGCAAAGCAUGGAGCGGCGGCUGCGGACCGGCAGGUGCCGGGGCGGGCAGGGCGCCGCUCCCCCGACGGGACGGGCGCUGGCGCUGCUGCUGCCGCUGUGGCUGUGCGCGGCGGGCGGCGGCGCGGCGCCGGUGUAUAACCUCAGCCUGGCAGUGGACGAGGGGCUGCCGGCCGAGACGCUGGUGGGCGACAUCCGCGCGGGACUGCCACCGGGCGCGGACCCGCCCGGGGGUUUCCUGCUGUCGGAGGGGAGCGGCGAGUCGGCGGUGCUGGCGGACUUCCACGUCCAGCCGGAGACGGGCAUCAUCCGCACGGCGCGGUGGCUGGACCGGGAGCGGCGGGCGCGCUACAGCUUCGCGGCGGCCACGCUGCGCGGCGAGGUGGUGCAGGUGGAGAUCGCUGUCACCGACGUGAAUGACCACCCGCCACGCUUCCCGAAGGACAGUCUGCAGCUCAACAUCUCCGAGCUCAGCCCGCCCGGCACCGCUUUCCGCCUGCCGGCUGCCCGCGACCCCGACGCCGGCGGCUUCGGCACGCAGGGCUACGCGCUGCUGGAGGAGAGCGGCGCGGCGGGGGAGCCGCCGCUCUUCCAGCUGCGCUAUGUGCGGCCGGAGCCCCUGGAGCUGGUGCUGCUGCGGCGGCUGGACCGCGAACGGGCGGACGUCCACCGACUGGUGGUAGAGGCGUGGGACGGCGGCAGCCCGCGGCGACGCGGCCGCCUGCGGGUGUCGGUGCGGGUGCUGGACGAGAACGACAACGCGCCCGCCUUCAGCCGCGGCGAGUACCGGGCGCGGCUGCGGGAGGACGCGCCGCCGGGCACCGCCGUCUGCCGUCUGCGGGCCACCGACCCCGACCUGGGCGCCAACGGCGAGGUGCGGUACGCCAUCAAUCGCCGGCAGAGCGACCCCGACGGCUACUUCGCGGUGGAGGAGCGGAGCGGCGUCCUGCGUCUCCGCCGCCCGCUGGACCGCGAGGCGCGGGCCCUGCACCGCCUGGUCGUGGAGGCGCGGGACGGCGGCGUCCAGCCCGAGGUCUCCAGCGUCCUCGUCUCCGUGGCCGUGCUGGACGUGAACGACAACCGGCCCUCCAUCCGUCUGCUCUACCUCACCGAGACCGGCGGCCCGCGGGUCUCCGAAGGGGCGCGGCCCGGCGACUACGUGGCCCGAGUCUCCGUCUCGGACGCCGACGAGAGCGGCGACGAGGAGGGCGCGGGAGGCGACGGCGGCGGCAUCGCGCUGGCCCUGCUGGGCGGCGACGGCGCCUUCGCCUUGCGGGUGGCCGGGGCCGGCGUCUUCUUCCUCUGCGUGGCGGGGCCGCUGGACCGCGAGAGCCGCGACCUGUACGAGCUGCGGCUGGUGGCCACGGACGGCGGCACGCCGCCGCUCUCCGCCGAGGAGCCCCUGCUGCUGCGCAUCGCCGACCUCAACGACGAGACGCCCGCGUUCCCGCAGCCCCACUACCGCGCCGCCGUCUCGGAGGCCGCCUCCCCCGGCACCGCCGUGCUCCGCCUCAGCGCCUCCGACGCCGACGAGCCGGGCUCGCCCAACGCCGAGGUGCGGUACGCGCUGGAGGGCGACGCGGCCGCGCUGGCCCUGCUGCGCAUCGACGCGCGGAGCGGCGCCGUCAGCACCCGCGCGCGCCUGGACCGGGAGCGGCAGGCGGCGCUGGAGCUGCGCGUGGUGGCGCGGGACGGCGGCGUCCCGCCGCGCGCCGCCGCGUGCCGCCUCAGUGUGCGCGUGGAGGACGCCAACGACAACGAGCCGCGCUUCGAGCGCGCCGUGUACCGCGCGCGCAUGCCCGAGCACGCCGCGCGCGGCCGCCGCCUCCUCCAGGUGAGCCCCGCACGGCCCCGCUCGGUCCGGCCCCGCUCGGUCCGGCACGGUCCGGCCCUGCACGGUUCGGCCUCCGGGGCCGCCGCCCUGGAUCGUUUGCGCUCCAUGGCACCGGCGCUGCGCUCCAGCACUGCCGGGAAGCAGGGAGCGCGGCAGGUGGAGCGCGGUUAG